GGCAGAUUUGUUAAGUUGCGAAAUUAAACAUAUUGAAUUAUGUCCGAAACGGAGGCAGAAAAUGUUGAAAAAGAGGCGAAACCGAUGUCGCCGGCAAAAACUGACGCUGCUAAAUUGUUGGAAACCACCGCCGCUCUUGAGGAGGACGAAGAUUUGGCCAACAUCGUGACCGCGGAGGAAUAUUUGAUGCGCAAGGAUGUGGUCCUCCUUGAAUAUGAAAAACAAAUGUUUCUUGAUCUGGUAACGGCGGACGGUCUUCUAGUUUGCGCCAAGGGAUUGAGUUACGAACGCGUUUUGAUCAACAUUUUAAAGGCCUACAGCGAUUCUGGGAAUUUGGUCCUCGUGAUAAACAGUUCGGAUUGGGAAGAACAGUAUUACAAGUCCAAAGUGGAACAGAAAUACGUCCACGAAGUAGCUAACACCGCGACCGAAAGAGAGCGCGUUUAUGUGGAAGGUGGCCUGCAGUUUAUUAGCACCCGAAUCCUGGUAGUGGAUCUCCUAAAACAGCGCAUUCCCAUCGAGCUGAUCAGUGGAAUAAUUGUCCUAAGAGCUCACACCAUUAUCGAGAGUUGCCAGGAGGCAUUCGCAUUGCGAUUGUAUCGCCAAAAGAAUAAAACUGGAUUCGUCAAGGCAUUUUCAAGCAGUCCAGAGGCCUUCACCAUUGGCUAUUCGCAUGUGGAGCGCACCAUGCGCAAUUUGUUCGUAAAACAUUUGUAUAUUUGGCCGCGAUUCCAUGCCACUGUUCGUGGAGCUUUGCAGCCGUGGCAGACACAAACGAUCGAGCUGCAUGUUCCACUCAGCGAGAGCAUGACCUCCAUUCAAUCGCACAUCCUAGACAUUAUGAACUUUUUGGUGCGUGAGAUAAAGCGGAUUAAUCGUACUGUUGACAUGGAUGCGGUUACUGUGGAAAAUUGUGUCACGAAGAAGUUUCACAAGAUUCUGCAGGCGCAAUUGGAUUGCAUUUGGCAUCAGCUUAAUUCGCAAACAAAGUUAAUCGUGGCGGAUCUCAAGAUUCUGAGGAGUUUGAUGAUCUCCACCAUGUAUCAUGAUGCCGUAAGUGCCUAUGCCUUGAUGAAACGCUACCGCAGCACGGAAUAUGCUCUAAGCAACUCAGGAUGGACUUUACUGGAUGCUGCCGAGCAGAUCUUCAAGCUUUCCAGACAACGUGUUUUCAACGGACAACAGGAGUUCGAACCCGAACCCUGUCCCAAAUGGCAGGCUCUCACGGAUCUGCUCACUCAAGAUAUACCCGGUGAUAUGCGACGUUGCAGACGAUCGGAGCAGCCGAAGGUUCUGAUCCUCUGCCAGGAUGCACGCACUUGCUUUCAACUCAAACAGUAUCUCACGCAAGGUGGUCCUCGUUUCCUGCUCCAGCAGGCCUUGCAUCACGAAGUGCCCGUGGGCAAGCUGAGCGAUAAGUACACCAAGGAGGGUCAGUCAAAGGCAGCAGUACCUUCUGAAGGAGCUGUCACCAAAAAAGAGGCAUUGAAGGAGGAGGUUUCUGGUUCGCAACCGCCACCAGCUGGUCUGGAUGAACUGGCUCAGCUUCUAAGCGAAUCGGAUGCAGAUGGCCAGCAUUUCGAGGAGAGCUACAUGCUCACCAUGACGCAGCCGGUGGAGCAGAAUGCCUUACUGGACAUUAAAUCCGAUCCGGAUUCCUCCAUUUUCGAAGCCAUACCAGAUUUGGAGCAAUUUGAUGUGACAGCGGCACUUGCGACGGUGCCCCAUCAGCCGCACAUUUGUCUGCAGACCUUCAAAACCGAACGGGAGGGAUCGAUGGCUCUGGAGCACGUUUUGGAGCAACUGCAGCCGCACUAUGUGGUCAUGUACAAUACGAAUGUCACGGCCAUUCGGCAAUUGGAGGUAUUUGAAGCCAGGCGCCGAUUGCCGCCCGCGGAGCGAAUGAAGGUGUAUUUUCUCAUUCAUGCACGUACAGUUGAGGAGCAGGCUUAUUUAACCAGCUUGCGUCGGGAGAAGGCUGCCUUUGAGUUGAUUAUCGAGACCAAAAGUAAAAUGGUUAUACCCGAGUACCAGGAUGGCAAAACCGAUGAAGCCUUCCUGCUGUUCAAGAACUACGAUGAUGAAUUGGCCGGCGAGAAUGCCAAGAGUCGGAAGGCAGGCGGACAAGAGCCGCCGGUGUCAAAAGAGACGCCCAAAGUCAUUGUGGAUAUGCGUGAGUUUCGCUCGGACUUGCCGUGCUUGAUUCACAAGCGUGGCUUGGAGGUUCUCCCCUUGACCAUUACGAUUGGCGAUUAUAUACUCACCCCGGAUGUUUGUGUGGAACGCAAGUCCAUUUCGGAUUUGAUUGGUUCCCUCAAUUCCGGAAGGUUGUACAACCAAUGUGUGCAGAUGCAGCGGCAUUACGCAAAGCCCAUAUUGCUGAUCGAAUUCGAUCAGAACAAGCCCUUUCACCUCCAGGGUAAAUUCAUGCUAUCCCAGCAGACGAGCAUGGCCAAUGCGGAUAUCGUUCAGAAACUGCAGCUGCUCACGCUGCACUUCCCGAAGCUUCGACUCAUCUGGUCGCCCAGUCCGUAUGCCACCGCGCAGCUUUUUGAGGAGCUGAAGCUGGGAAAAGCGGAGCCGGAUCCCCAAAAGGCCGUGGCCCUGGGCAGCAACGACCCAACGGAGGGGGAGCAACUGCAUUUCAAUAGCGGUGUCUACGAUUUCCUGCUCCGCCUGCCCGGCGUUCACACGCGCAAUAUACACGGCCUGCUCCGGAAGGGCGGCAGCCUGCGGCAAUUGUUGCUGCGCAGCCAAAAAGAGCUCGAGGAGCUGCUGCAGUCGCAGGAGAGCGCCAAGCUGCUGUACGAUAUCCUGCAUGUGGCCCACUUGCCGGAGAAGGACGAGGUGGCCGGCUCAACUGCGAUGCUGGCAGCUGGAAAACAAUUUGGCGCCGGAUCGCACAAUCGCUUCAGGAAGGCGGCCGCCGAAUCGCGAAGGGGUCGUCGAUAGAGCACAAACACAAGUUAACUGCGGCGGGGAGGGGCGCAUAAAACAUAAUGAAGGUUUAUGUAUAAACACGCCGCACAUACUAUGAAUAAUUUAAUUUAAAAAUUGCGUAUAAAUAGAUGCAAAGAACAGGAGUCGGUGGAGCAGAGACAGCGGCAAAAGCAGGAGCACUAAAGUGCCGAGCAAACAGUGAACGCGCGAAAUUAUGGAAAUUUUUUAAACGUUGCAAUU